ACCCUGACACUAGUUCUGAAGUGUUUGGCUGCAGUUUCAGUGGUUGUGCAGGAGCGUGAGUCUCCGUCUGACUGUGUCUGACAUGCAUUUUUAAUGACUUUCUCUUCGCAUGCGCAGGUGGAUUCCAGCAGUAGUGCAGGUGUCACAUAUACACCUGUUGCUAAGACAUAAACCAGCUUCAUACUAGACAACACCAGCCCUUCAUAUGACACUGAUAACUGUAUGUAGAAGAUGAGGGGUGAUGAAGACUUCAGUGUUCACAGUCUCUCUCUGGAUUCCCUCAGCUUGACCGACUGUGAGAAUCCACACGAUGUGAUUCUGGAGGAUGAAGGGGACACAGAGCCGGACGCUCAGGUAUCAGAGCUGAAGCUCAUCAGGGAGGAUCUGUCCACUGAAGAACUGUACCUGCAGGCCUGUAAGCUGGUGGGAGUCGUUCCUGUCAGAUACUUCCUUAGGAACCUGGGCUCUGCCACCAUUAACCUCAACCAUCACGGACUCGGUCCUCUGGGAGCAAAAGCCCUGGCCAUCGCGCUCGUGACAGACAUGCACACCACAACCCUGGAGCUGGCAGACAACUUCCUGUUAGCCGAAGGAGCCAGAUAUCUCAUGGAGAUGCUGAGGGCCAAUUUCACCAUUCACAAUCUUGAUCUCUCUGACAAUCAUCUUCAGUCUGCUGGAGCCGAGUGCGUCGCAAAGAUGCUCCUGGAAAACAUUUCCAUUAAAUCCUUAAAACUGUCGGGGAAUAAAUUUGCUGAAGAUGAUGCCAGAUGGUUUGCAGAUGCGUUUGCUAGCAACUACAGAGUGAAGGAGCUGGAUUUGAGUCACAAUCAGUUCUGCGGCAGAGGCGGUGAACAUCUGGGUCAGAUGAUAGCAAAUAAUGACGGUUUAGAAGUUCUUGACCUGAGCUGGAAUCAUCUGCGAAUGAAAGGAGCUGUAGCUUUCUGUGCUGGACUGAAGGUCAACACGACUUUGAAACACUUAGACCUCUCGUUUAAUGGCUUUGGAAAUGAGGGCGCUUUGGCUUUGGGUGAAGCGCUAAAGUUCAACAAUACGCUGGUUCACCUGGACCUCAACAACAACCGCAUCAGCGAUGAAGGAGCGAGCCUGCUGUGUAAGGGCCUGGAGGCCAACGACACGCUCAGAGUGCUGCAGCUGGCGUAUAACUCACUGACAGUGGAGGCUCUUACUUUGAUCAAUGUGGUCAAGAACACACCCAAAACUGCCAUCGAGGAGAUCAACAUAUGCAACGUGCUGGUGAAUGAGAACUUCGUUCAGCUCUUGGAGCUGAUCUGUCAGGAACAUCCCAGUCUGGAGGUGCAGUAUGGAGGCGUUGGAGGCUUCAUCGCCAAAAAGCCUCGCAAACGCAUUGACCCCAUGAAAGUCAUUCAGGUACAUAAUUACCUUGAUCAGCGCAAGCUUCGCCUGUGGGACUUCUUCCGUAACAUCGACAAGGACGGGACAAUGCGUGUUCCUGUCGUAGACUUCAGGAAAGCCGUUCAGCAAUCCAGCAUCCCACUGGAGAAGUUCCAGAUUGAGGAGUUGAUUCAGAGACUGGACAGAGACCGAACAGGCAUAGUGGACUACAGAGGCCUGGCAGACACUAGGAAACAGAUGAUGCGAGACCACAGGCGCCAACUGCGAAAAUCCCGGUCCCGGCAGAAGAAGGAGAAGCAGAAGAGUGACAGGAUCCUUAAAACCUUUGAGAGCGCCGUAGAGGCCGUCACUCCACGGAGCUCCAUGAUAAUAUCACCAGGUGCUGCCAAAGAGGACUCCAGCGGCCUUCAGCCAUUCUCUGCGACCCUCAGCUCCUGGCAUCAUAUAAUCAUGUCCAACAGCAGGCGCUACUCUGUCAAUAACAUGAGCAGCGAGCAUGUGCAUCUUCCCAUGAUAGGGAACCCCUCGAGCUCACCAGGCAUGCGCUCGUAUUCCCAGCCGAAUCUCUUCGCCAGCAUCCCUAAACCAUCCACCAGCAAACCUGCUUCUGCCCAGGGAAUGCACUCGAGGUCCAACCCAAGCGUGUCCAGCAGUAAACUCAGCCCCACAGCCAACCUGACCAGAUCCAGGCCCGCGCUAAACACUGAGCCAAACAGUAAAACAAGAGGUAAGGGGAAGAAAAAGAAGACCAAGAAAAGAAAAGAAAAGAUAUAACACCAAAUGGACAUGGUGUCCUUGUGGUGAUGAAGACUUUCAGUGAAUAAGGACAUUUUCGUUGGCCUUUUUCUUCUUCUUGUAUGGAUUUUGUCACAAUGUUUAGAGAGGAUUAUAAUGUGUCCAACAAUGUUUUUUUCAGGACAUGGAAGUGAAUGAACAUCUUCAUCUGUUAAGAUUUAACCUGUAAAGAUGUGUUUAAAUAGUAAAUGUAGUAAAAACUGUUCUAAUCCCUGGUUAUAUGAUGAUAGACGGCAUUGUAGACAAGCUUAGGCAGGCCGAAAGAAAAUUAAAAAAGGAUAAACUCCAAAUCUCUUAAGAAACGAAUAUGAAAUUGCAAUCCAUGCUUUGAUAUGAUCAAGACUUGACUAUUGCAAUGUUUUAUAUAAGGGAAUUAGCCAGUCAUCUAUAUCUAAUUUUCAAAAACGUUCAAACCUCUGCUGCUAGACUCUUAAUGGUUAUUAUAAAACGUGAAUAUAUUACUCCUGCCUUGGUCUCCCUG